CACGGACACAGGGCAAUUUACUUUCUGUCAAAAUCUUAUCCUUUGUGAUUAGCCCUAUAUUGUACGUUAACCUUGACGUUCUGAUCAAUCCUUCUGGAGCCCAUUCUAUGUGAUCAUGAGUGUUUGCUAGUAAAGGUUCUUGAAAACAGGAUUGUAGAAAAUCGUCACCUUUUGAGAAGAAACCUUUCUAUAUACCGUACGAAAAUGUCAAACGAAAAGAACAAUAACAUUGCAGUUCAGGAAAAGAAAAGUUUUCUGCAAAAGGAAUUGGACGAUUUGAGGUCAGUGGACCUCUUGAGAGCAUCACUUGCUGAAUUUCUUGGAGUAAUGCUCCUGGUAAUGUAUGCAGUGGGAGCUGGACUGUACCACGAAACCCUGGGAACAAAACCAAGCAGUGUUCAUGUCGCCAUGGAAGCAGGAUUCUUCAUUGCUGUAAUAAUAACGACCUUGAGCACUGUCAGUGGUGGUCAUGUAAAUCCCGCCAUUAGUGUAGGUUUCCUAGUGACAAAUGGCAUCACUGUGUCCCGAUUCAUGCUCUAUGUGUGCUUCCAAGUACUUGGUGCUAUUGCUGGAAUGGGCAUCAUGAGCUUAGUAUCGCCUGUAGAAAUGCAGCACGGAAGCUUUGGUGUGAUAUUGCCCGGUCCAAACGUCACUGACGUACAGGCGUUCGUUUGUGAAGUUUACAUCACGUUCCUGUUGAACUUUGCGACCUUCUCCUUUCUAGAUUCCGGAAGAGCAGAUAUGGCGGGUUCUGUUCCGUUUAUCAUCGGUAUAACAGUCAUCAUAAAUAUUUUCGCAACGGUUGGUAACAUUUCCUCUUUUUUAAGUCUAGUUUUGCUCGUUUUCUUGAUACUUUAUUUUAGUUCAUACACUUCAGAGAUGGAGAAGGAGUUAUAUUCAAUGAAUCUGAUGAAAUGGUAGUAGGGUUGAAAAUACCGAUAAAUUCUUGCCGUUUGCUGCUUUCAAACCAUCACUGGAUCGUCAUACAUAUCAUUCAAUUUUCUUUAUCGUUUACUUAAGAAAUAAACAUCGCUUUUUAGCUGUUCAUGGUCAACAUGAACGGAUUUAGAUUUGAGGCAAAUUCUUUGAAUCGCGCUAGCGAUUCACAGAGAAUUUGCCUCGAAUCCAAAUUCGUUCAUAUUGACCAUGAACAGCUCAAAAGUGAUGUUCAUUUCUUAUAUUUAUAUUCAUUUACUAUAACACCGUUUGUUUAUAUUGCUUCUGCUUUGUUGCAUAAAACGAACUCCUAGCCUCUGUCACAGUAGUUAUUGUGACGUACGUCAACACAUAGACAUGACGUCAAAAUCGUCUCACCCUGCCUUUUAUCAACAUUGCAAGGUGCACUGUAUUGUGGAGGUAGGAGACCGCAAGAUUGGGAUGAUAAUCCACGUAAGUUUACAAUCUUAAUCCAGAGGUGUCACUUGCGAGAUCUUUGUAACAGAUGUUGUUGUAUUUUUUCAAAUCAUUACGCGCCCUCAGUCGCGUGCUUUAAGCUAGUUCAUAAUCCGUUCAUAGUCAAUGUGAACGGAUUGUGUCGCGCGCUGAAAUUGGUUGGUUCAUAGAGGAAAAUGCGAUUUGUAUUAUAAAUAUUUAAGAAAUGAACAUCACUUUUGAGCUGUUCAUGGUCAGUAUGAACGGAUUUGGAUUUGAGGCAAAUUCUGUGAAUCCGUUCAUAUUGACCAUUAACAGCUCAAAAGUGAUGUUCAUUUUUAGCUCACCUGAGCUGAAAGCUCAAGUGAGCUUUUCUGAUCGCUUUUUGUCCGUCGUCUGUCUGUCUGUCUGUUAAACUUUUCACAUUUUCGAC